AUGAAUGUUGGAACCAGUCGAGAGAAUCGACAAGAGAAAGUUGAUGACACUCAAGGAGUAGAUAAAACCCAAUUGCGAGAUCACAAAAUCAGGGACAUCUUCCACUCAAGUGGUCAAUCAACCGGUAAAG